UUUAUUGCUCUCUGCCUAUUACACAGGACUCUCCCCAGUUUCACAUGAGAUAACUAACUAGAUAAGGCUUUCAGGGAAUUCGGACCUAGCUCUUGGGUGUUUACGUAGGGAAUCCAGCCUAAUUCCUCACUUGACCCCCCCCUGCUCCGAAGGUUGCUCUCCAACAAGGGGAGAGGUAAGCCUGCGCUGAACAGGACAUCUUUUUAGAGACCGCGCAUCUUCUCCGUUGGCCUGAAGCCUUUAGAUCUGUGAGAUCAUCUAACCGGUUCCAGAACCAAGCGUCAUCGUCACAAAGGAACAAUGGCUCAAGUGUGAGGCUCCCAAAUGCCUUUUCUCCAUGCUCAAAACUACCCAAUUUUUUUUCCUCCCUCCCCUCAACAUGGGUAACUUGAUAGGACGUCCCCACAGAUGGGAAAACGAAUCGACGGACAAAAUAUUAAUUGACGCGAUUAUGACCAACGACACCUCCAUGCUUCAAGAUUUACUGCCCUCCCAUUCAGUUUACCAAACGGUCAUCUGCCAGGAAAAAGGGAGGUUUGUGCAAGACAAUACACAAAGUGGAGAUCCUGAAAGGAGCCCCCCAAAAGCAGAAUGUUCCACGGAGAACCGCCACAGAGCAGAAGAAAGGAAUGAUGGGAAACAUCUCCCCAUCAAAUCCAAGAAGGGCGUCAAGGCCACGCAUGCUGACGUGGUUGGCCACCACGAUCACCACCCCCUCCAUCUGGCAGUAGCCAUUGGGUGUCACCACCUAAUCCCCGACCUGCUGAAGCGGGGGGCCCGAAUCGACGAUAGGACGAAAUCCGGACAAACAGCUCUUCACCUGGCCUCCAGAACCCUCAACCAAGCAGCCAUUCAGACGUUGCUCCACUGUGGAGCCCAGGUGAACUCCACCACUCCAACAACCCAAGAGACCCCGCUCCAUCUGGCUGUCCACACCUCAUCCAGCAAGGCCGGCAUUGUCCUAGGAGCCGACGGGACGUGCGUGGAGCUGCUGCUGCUGAAUGGUGCCGACGUAGGCCUGAAAGACUGGAAAGGCCAGGCAGCGCUCCACCACGCUUGCCGAAACGGCCGGGAGGACCUCAUUCACCUCCUUCUGAGUUAUGGAGCAGAUGCCAAUGCCGUAACAUCGCAAGCGGAGUCCUGCCUUUUCCUCUUCCUGGAAAAAGCAAGCAACCUCAAGAAGGCCAACAUUCUCUGGAAGCUGCUGAGCCUAUCCUACCCAGUGAAGCUCACUAACGCUGAGGGCCGCCUACCCCAACUGUUGGAUGACCCCCACUGGGAGCCACUGAAGGACAUACUCCUCCAGGUGUCUUCCCAAGUGUGGUCCUUACAGGACAUCUGCAAAUUCAACAUCCGGAAGGUCUACGGGGGAGACUCGAGGUACUGGCUCAAGGAGGCGAUGCCCGUCGAGCUAUGGGACUCGAUCUACACGAGCCAACCGUUCUCGUACGCCUCGAACGUCGUCGAAAGGAUUUUUGAUGCCGGACGCCGCCAACCCGAAGUAAGCGAAAGGCCCUCGGAUGCCAGUCCCCUCCUCCUUUUUCUCCUUAGCAUGAUCCCUGCGCUGUGGCAGGACCCACUUUUCCUGGGAUGCUGAGCUGUGGUGUGUGUG